GUUGUCCGCGCAAGAUUAGUAAAAAUGGAUUGCGAUUUUAGAUUUCUAUUGUAUAAUUAUUGUCUCUUUCCUUACUUAGUCAUAUCUGCAACUUGGUUUGGUUUUCUCUUCCACCUUUGUUUCGUUCAAGAGGGGCUUCUCUCUCUUUCUCUCUCUGCAACGCUUCCUUUUCUUCGUAGAUCGAACGCGAAUCUUCUUCUGUUCUUUUUCCAUGGCCUCUAAGCGGAUUCUGAAGGAGCUCAAGGACCUCCAGAAAGACCCUCCAACCUCUUGCAGUGCCGGUCCCGUAGCAGAAGACAUGUUUCAUUGGCAAGCAACUAUAAUGGGACCCCCUGACAGUCCUUAUGCUGGGGGUGUUUUUCUAGUCACUAUUCAUUUUCCCCCUGAUUAUCCAUUCAAGCCACCCAAGGUUGCAUUCAGGACAAAAGUUUUUCACCCAAAUAUCAACAGCAAUGGUAGCAUUUGUCUCGAUAUCUUAAAGGAGCAGUGGAGCCCUGCCUUGACAAUAUCUAAGGUGCUGCUCUCCAUUUGCUCCCUAUUGACGGAUCCAAACCCAGAUGAUCCCUUGGUGCCUGAAAUUGCUCAUAUGUACAAGACAGACAGGUCCAAGUAUGAGACAACUGCUAGGAGCUGGACUCAGAAGUAUGCAAUGGGCUAGUAUGUUGCAAUGAGGCCUUAUAUUAAGGAUAGGACAUGUUCCUUCCAUUUGUUAAAAGACAUUAAUGUAUAAUCUAUCUUUCCAUUCCCGCUGUUGACUUAUGUCGUGGAUAGGUCUCUUGUUGCCCACAUACAUCUGUGAAGACAAUAGGGAGGAUUUUUAGUGUGUUUGUAUGAAACUUCUCCUGUGAGUGCUGGGAAAUAUCAGUUGCUGAUAUUGUUCACUUGUGCUCACAAUUAUUUAUCUUUGCAUACUAUGAUGAUUCCUAGUUCCUACAA